GUCAGUGGGAAUUAAGGACAGCACAUACAAGCUGAAAAGGCAAAUAAGGAAAUGUAUUCCUUCUCUUGACGGUUCUAAUUUAACUUGGCUAAAGCCAGUUUUUAGGUUGACUUGGGCAGAAAAGUGAAAAGAGAAUGCUCCACUUUAACCGAUGUCCGCAUCUGAAACAAAUAGCCCAGAAAUGUUUUCCCAGUAUACAUGUUAGAACGGAUAAACAUGUGCAGCUGUUUCUUUCAAGAACCCUUGCACUUGCAGAAUUCAGGAAGUCAUGGCACUCAACCCACUCUCUUGUUGGAGACAAAAAUAUUAUCCUGAUGGGACCGCCUGGUGCUGGGAAAACAACAGUAGGCAGAAUAAUAGGUCAGAAACUAGGUUGUUGUGUCAUAGAUGUGGACGAUGAUAUCCUUGAAAAAACCUGGAAUAUGAGUGUGUCUGAAAAAUUACAGGAUGUUGGUAAUGAGCAAUUUUUAGAAGAGGAAGGAAAAGCCGUGUUAAACUUCUCUACAUCUGGAAGCGUGAUUUCCCUUACGGGGUCCAAUCCAAUGCAUGAUGCUAGCAUGUGGCAUCUGAAGAAAAAUGGGAUAAUUGUAUACCUGGAUGUACCUCUAAUAGAUAUAGUCAGCCGCUUAAAAUUAAUGAAAAUUGAUAGGAUCAUAGGUCAGGAUGGUGGAACAUCUAUGAAAGACUUACUUAAGUUUAGAAGACAGUAUUAUAAGAAGUGGUAUGAUACCCGUGUUUUCUGUGAAAGUGGGGCUUCCCCAGAGGAGGUCGCUGACAAAGUGCUCAGUGCAGUCAAACGGUACCAAGAUGUGGACUCAGAAACAUUCAUUUCAACAAGACACAUUUGGCCUAAAGACGAUGAACGGAAGGUUUCAACAAAAUUCUUCAGCGAAGCAGUGAUUGAGGGGUUAGCUUCUGAUGGUGGACUCUUCGUUCCUGAGAAAGAGUUUCCAAAAUUAAACUGUAGGGAGUGGAAAAGCCUCGUAGGAGCAACCUACAUAGAAAGGGCACAAAUCCUGCUGGAAAAGUGUAUACAUCCCGCUGAUGUACCUGCUGCCAGAUUGGGAGAAAUGAUUGAGACUGCUUACGGGGAAAACUUUGCCUGCUCCAAAGUUGCCCCAGUCCGGCACCUCUCAGGCAACCAGUUCAUCCUGGAGUUGUUUCAUGGACCAACAGGAUCAUUUAAAGAUUUGUCUUUACAGCUUAUGCCUCAUCUUUUUGCACACUGUAUUCCACCAAGUUGCAAUUAUAUGAUACUUGUAGCUACUUCAGGAGACACAGGGAGUGCUGUCUUAAAUGGUUUUAGCCGUAUUAAUAAGAACGAUAAGCAAAGAAUAGCUGUGGCCACGUUUUUUCCUGAGAACGGAGUAAGUGAUUUUCAAAAAGUACAAAUAAUUGGCAGUCAGAAAGAAAAUGGAUGGGCAGUGGGUGUCAAGUCAGAUUUUGAUUUUUGCCAGACAGCUGUAAAAGGCAUUUUUAGAGAUUCCGAUUUUGCUGGCUUUCUUAUUGUGGAAUAUGGAACGGUCUUAAGUUCAGCUAAUUCCAUAAACUGGGGCCGACUGCUUCCCCAAGUAGUUUAUCAUGCUUCUGCAUAUCUUGAUCUUGUUAGCCAAGGAUUUAUUUCUUUUGGAAGCCCGGUGGAUGUCUGUAUUCCCACAGGAAACUUUGGUAACAUUUUAGCAGCAGUGUAUGCCAAAAUGAUGGGAAUCCCUAUUCGCAAAUUUAUUUGUGCCUCUAAUCAGAACCAUGUUUUGACUGAUUUUAUAAAAACAGGACACUAUGACCUAAGGGAAAGAAAAUUAGCACAAACCUUUUCACCAGCAAUCGAUAUUCUUAAAGCUUCAAACCUGGAACGACAUUUACACUUGAUGGCUGAUAAAAAUGGAAAAUUAAUCACAAAAUUGUUUAAUCAACUAGAAGAGCAGCAUCACUUCCAAAUAGAGAAGAUGCUAGUUAAGAAACUCCAGCAGGAUUUUGUAGCCGACUGGUGCUCUGAGGGAGAGUGUCUGGCAGCUAUUCAUUCCACCUACAAUACUUCAGGGUAUAUUCUGGAUCCACACACUGCUGUUGCAAAAGUGGUUGCAGACAGAAUGCAAGACAAAACUUGCCCAGUGAUUGUCUCAUCUACGGCUCAUUACUCGAAGUUUGCACCUGCUAUCAUGCAGGCUUUAAAGAUUAAAGAAAUCAACCAUACCUCCUCAAGUCAGCUUUACUUGCUGAGUUCCUACAAUGCAUUGCCUCCACCGCACGAAGCCUUAUUAGAGAGAACGAAACAGCAAGAGAAGAUGGAGUACCAGGUUUGUGCAGCUAAUGUGAAUGUCAUGAAGAAUCAUGUGGAAAAACUAAUACAAAAUCAAUUUGUAUAAAAAAUUUUUGAGUAAAACUUUUUUUUCUGGUGAUAAGCAUGUAAUAAUAAAUCCCAGACAUUGAUUUGGAGUACAAUAGCAUUUUCCUUUUUU